AUGGAAACUAUGGCACCACUACAGCAGGCUCUGCCCUCUCUUCAAAUCUUCCUUAGCCAGGAGGAAGCCCAAAAUCUGGGCAUGACGCCAUGGUUCAGCUACUCCGUCACUCUACCCGAGCGUCCCAUCCCAGGCGCAUCCGAACGAAAGCCCAUUGAGACUGAGCGCCUCGUUAUUCGACCCUUCACAAUGAAAGACCUUGAAGCUUUCCACGAUCUUCGCAAAGAUUCCGAGCUCCAGAUCCACUCAACAUCACGUGGCCGAGCCAACAAAGACAAGGACGAGUCCGAACGACAGCUUCAUGCCCUAGUACAGGACGACCAAUGCCACUGGUGGUUUGGUGCUUUCCUCAAGUCUACUGGCGAACUUAUCGGCGAGGCUGGUCUACCAGAUGUUCUCAGCAUGUCCUCUUCAAUUUCAGGCUGGCCCGAAGCCGAGUUCCUUAUCAAGCCCCAAUACUGCCGCCAAGGAUAUGGAACAGAGCUGUGGAAGGCCGUUAUGAAUUCCUGGUGGGAUCUCCCCCGUGAGCGAAGACGGCACCAGCUCGUUCCUCUUAUCACACCCGGCAAGGAACCCGGCGACAAGGUUGACGAGUGUGUCGUCUUCCAGUGGGAAGCCAGCAACGAUGUUGCCAAGCAUUUCUUCGCCAAGGUGCUAGCACAAGCGCCAGUUGCUGCGCAGGGUGGCUGCGAGAGCAUUGAUACCCGAGAUGGAAGAGAAGGAACCCUCAUUACAUGGGCUGGCACUAUGAUCAGCAACCCCAGGCCGGUCCCUGAGGAUGAGUCGGACUCGGAAUAG